GCAUAGGAUCAAAUUGUAAUGGUGUAGUAAUUUUCUUCAGUAAAUCAAUCUCAGUAACAUUUCUAAUCAAUCUCAGUAACAUUUUUUAAACCCAUUUUGUAGACAAUGUGUUGCCAGCGUUGUCUUUCAUUGAACCUACAGUGAGCAUGGCAGCUGGGGCAUUUUACUGGCUGAUGUAAAAAGCUAAAGAUGGGUGAAAAACCAGAAGGAAUGAGUUCUGGUCUUCCUGGAUAGGGCCAGAAUUUACAGUGUUGAUCUAUAAAUUCAUCUCACCUAGGAAUCACACCCUGUAAUCUGUUGUUCUAAUCAUAUAAACCUGAAAAGUUUUUCUCUGCAGUCUCAUUUUAGACAAGUGCAUGAAAUGGGCUCUAGGAUCAUUUUAACAUUUGAAUAUUAUUAAUAUGAUGGACUUUACUCAACAUGGUAUUUUUCAAGUGGGAAGCCUGUAAUAUGUGUCUAAAGGUAGACAGAACAAUUUCAUUUAUUGAAAGCUGAAAAAUUGAUCUGUGCUCCCUAAUGCCUAUUUGCAUGUUCUUAACAAUGGUGCUUAGCAGAUAGUUUACACCUUUUUCUUUAAAGAGAAUGCUUUCUUGCAUUUAUCACAUAGUCAGAGCAUGCAUGAAGUAGUUACUGUUGAAUAUCUGAUGUGUGAGAAAUGUAUGUCCUCUCUUAUUUUGCAGUGUACGCAUAUGUCUUUGUAUUACAAGGCCUAGCUCCUUUUAAUUAACCUCACUGCUGGCAAAAGAUAAGAAAGGUUCUCUUAUAAAUUUUUUUUUUCAGGGGUGGAAACAUUAUUUAUGAAAAAACCAACUGACAUACUGUAACUGUGCAAGCUUAAAUAAAGCUAUGUAUACUGGCCAGUCAAAAUAACUGCAAGUACAUAUUGCAGCCAUUGACAGAGGAGAAAGAUGUGAUCACAACUUGCAGUCCUUGAUGCUCUGAGAGGUUAUUUUGUGGUUAUAACAACCGUAUAUAAGGGUUGCUGGUCUCAUGUUAGACUCCAAUUAACCAUUCCUCCUGGUCAUCUGCUUCUGCUGCACUCACUCCACUCAGUCAAAUAUUUCUGCAUUUCACAGUGUAUCCAGUUUUAUCCACAUUAUCUCCCCAUUAGUUUGGGUAUUGGAGAUUUAACAAGAAGCCUGCAUUGUAUAUAUAAAUGCAUCUCACAGUUCCUUGAUCAACGUGCUAUGUCUGUUUUAAUGAUGAAGCAGCUGAGAUGUUGUGAUCAGUGUUCUCAAAGAUUAUAAAAUGGUUUUCAGUAAAUCACUGAGUUUUUUCCCUUUCUUGGUCAUUUAUAGACUCUGUAUAUCUGGAUUUUUAGACAAAGUGUUGUUUCCAGAACAAUGUAUGUUUUACUUCUAUAAAAGGAUUUGGUUUUGAUGUUCUGUGGUUGUUAAGGAAUUUUGAAUAAUCUGAGCUUUGAUUGUUCUGGCAGGUUUGGAGAAAAAUUGUAGUUGGCAUUUUGUGCCAUAGAAGUUGAGAGUGUCAAUAGUAGAGCACAAGGGGAAGAGAGUGAAAUCAGCUAUUAAAAAUGUUUAUGGUGAAGAAACCUCUUGACUUCACACCUUAGUAUUGCUGAGUUGGAAAGUGCUUGUCUGAACUUCAAGGCCUUGGUCUGCCAUUUUGGGAGAUAAGGAGUUAGUUGGGGGUGGAAAGACUGGAGUUUGUAUUCUUUCUGCUCUGUUACCCAUUGCUAUCUUCAUGGAUCUGACACUCUGUUUAUCUGACAGUGCACUCAGUACUGCUUCGCCAGGGAAAAUUGCACAAAACAAGCCUAGUGCAUCAGCAUUUUCAUUGUGUAUUAAGCUGAGCCUCCCUUCACAUGGUCACAUCCCCUUUUUAAUCUGGGAUUCCAUGUCCCUUUCCCAGUCCAGCCUGUUUCUGUGGUGUCUAUUGCUGGUCUCCCUGAGCUUCUGUUUCUGUGGUUUGAGUGUUUUUUGUGUGGCUGAGUGUUAAGACCUGCAGGACUUUUGGAAGUGGUGUUGUUGGGGGGUUAGGCAGUACAUUGAUUUAGUGUUAGGAGUUUGUCAGAGAGUGAGGUGAUGGCCGCGUUCAAGUUGGAUUUCCUCCCAGAGAUGAUGGUGGACCAUUGCUCCUUGAAUGCAAGCCCUGUUGCAAAGAAAAUGAAUGGCACACUGGAUCACCCAGACCAACCUGAUCUAGAUGCUAUCAAAAUGUUUGUGGGUCAAGUCCCACGGAGCUGGUGUGAGAAGGAUCUCAGAGAACUUUUUGAACAGUAUGGUGCUGUCUAUGAAAUCAAUGUCUUGCGGGACAGGAGCCAAAACCCUCCUCAAAGCAAAGGGUGCUGUUUUGUUACAUUUUAUACCCGUAAAGCUGCACUAGAAGCACAGAAUGCUCUUCACAACAUGAAGAUCCUCCCAGGGAUGCACCAUCCUAUCCAGAUGAAACCAGCUGACAGUGAAAAGAGUAAUGCAGUAGAAGAUAGGAAGUUGUUUAUUGGAAUGAUAUCCAAGAAGUGCAAUGAAAAUGACAUUCGAGUGAUGUUCUCCCCCUUUGGGCAGAUUGAAGAAUGCAGGAUACUACGGGGCCCGGAUGGCCUGAGCCGAGGUUGUGCAUUUGUGACUUUUACAACAAGAGCCAUGGCACAAACAGCAAUCAAAGCAAUGCACCAAGCACAAACCAUGGAGGGUUGCUCUUCUCCCAUUGUUGUAAAAUUUGCAGACACGCAGAAGGAUAAAGAGCAGAAACGAAUUGCUCAGCAACUUCAGCAACAAAUGCAACAGAUCAGUGCUGCCUCAAUAUGGGGAAACCUGGCUGGUCUCAACACACUUGGACCCCAGUACUUAGCACUUUAUUUGCAGCUUCUUCAGCAGACAGCAGCUGCUUCAUCUGGGAACCUGAACACACUGAGCAGCCUCCACCCAAUGGGAGGACUGAACGCCAUGCAGUUACAGAACCUGGCCGCCUUGGCAGCCGCAGCCAGCGCGGCUCAGAACACACCGAGUGGCACUGCCGCGCUCACCUCCUCCAGCAGCCCCCUGAGCGUGCUCACCAGCUCAGCAGGUUCCUCACCUAGUUCCAGUAGCAGCUCCUCUGUUAAUCCAAUGGCUUCUCUUGGAGCUUUGCAGACACUGGCAGGUGCUACAGCAGGCCUCAACGUUAGCUCUUUAGCAGGAAUGGCAGCCUUAAAUGGAGGACUUGGCAGUGGUGGUCUCUCAAAUGGGACAGGUAGCACAAUGGAAGCCCUCACACAGGCUUAUUCUGGAAUCCAGCAAUAUGCUGCUGCUGCACUGCCCACACUCUAUAACCAGAGUCUCUUAACACAGCAGAGUAUUGGUGCAGCGGGAAGUCAAAAAGAAGGUCCAGAGGGAGCCAAUCUGUUUAUCUACCAUCUUCCCCAGGAGUUUGGGGAUCAGGAUCUGCUGCAGAUGUUCAUGCCAUUUGGAAAUGUCGUCUCUGCCAAGGUUUUCAUUGACAAGCAGACCAAUCUAAGCAAGUGUUUUGGUUUUGUAAGUUACGACAAUCCUGUCUCUGCGCAGGCUGCCAUUCAGUCAAUGAACGGCUUCCAGAUCGGCAUGAAGCGGCUGAAAGUCCAGCUCAAGCGCUCCAAGAACGACAGCAAGCCAUACUGAGCACCCCUCCCCUCCGGGACUGGAGUGAGAAGGAUCUUCUGGUAAGUUGGAGAGGAGCGCACUUAGUGAUUCGAAGCCCUAAGGCUGUGUUUUUACAGUCCUGGAAGCUGAUCCAUGCCUUCUAUCUGGCACAUCUUCCCUUGAAGACACUGCUGCAGCCUCUGCUGAGAAUCCUGCUUCGGAUGGAGGACAAGUUUGUGCUUUUGUUUCCAGUGUUUUACUUUGGAGUUUAGGUGCCAUAUCGCUGAGGUUUUUUUGUUUAGUUUAGUUUUGUUUUGUUUUUUUUUUCCUCCCUUAUUUGAAGUUUGCUGUGUUUGUAACCAGUGUGUGUUGAGAAGGACCAAUGCCAGCUCCUUGGGGUGGGGAGAGAAGGUUAAAGGGAGCAGCAGAAACUGACACCACACUGCCUUGGGGUAGAGAGGAGAAGGGAAAGCAGAAAUAACACAGAACAGCUGAUGAAAACAAAGAUGGGCAAGGAGAACAGAGAACAGAGUCCUGGGUGAGAAAGAAUCGACUCCAUGUAGCCUUUGUCAUGCCCCAUCUGCUCUUUGAAAUUUCCUUAACUGUAUGCCACAGUGGGGAUUUAGUAAAUCAUCUCUAAAGCAGGAGACGGGCUAAAAGGGUGAACACAUUAACAAGCCAGAGGAAAACUGCAGUGAUUUUUUUUUCUUUGCUGUAUAUAAACUAGGGUUUAUAUAGCAGUGUGAAUGUACACAGCACUUUAUAAAACCAUUAGAUAAUGUCUCUGCCCAGAAAAUUUCACUCUCUGUCUACAGUGGAAUAUUAAUGAGAUGCAGUGAAUUUCUCCAUGUAUAAGAAAACUUAACCUAUGUACUUCAUCUAGGUUUUGUGGAAAGGUAGAGGCAGCUUAGUCAUGAAUACAUCUGGGUCUGAAAACAAUAAACUUUAGAUCCCUGGUAACCUGCAGAAAUUUUGAUGAUUUUUCUUCUUAACAGUUGAUCACAUUACCCAUUUCUGUGGAAUAAUGUCCUUUUUUUGCAGAGAUUGCUAUGAAUUCCUUUUCAUAAGCAUAAUGUAAGUGCUGAUUGUUUAUUGAAAUGAUAACUUCCUGUUUUGUUGGGGUUUUUUGUUGAUUUUUUUUUUAAUGAACAAAAUCCAUGCGGUGACUUGGUCUAGUAAUUAGGUGUAUCUCUCUGCUGCAGUUUUCCUUUACGGUGGUGUGUACCAGUGCUAAACAGGCUAAACCAGGAGCUGUGGAACCAGAGUAUUGAGCCAUUCAGUCUUUUUCUGCCUUUUGGUACAAGCUGUUAUCUUUUAUAUGGAAGGAAAAUGGAACGCACCCCUUAACUGAACACACACUUCUGCACACCAGUGAAAUUGCUAGUGGAUUUCUAAGGGCCUUUGAUAUUCACUGGGUUUAGGGGGCUCAAAGGACUUUGACACUCUGGCCUGAGCUGUUUCAAGAAAUCUGUGUAGAGUUCCAUUUUAUAACCACCAAAAUCCACCUCUGUCACAAGAAGAAGUUUACAAUUUCUGUGUCUUUAACAGAAGUUCGAUUUACCUCAUAAUAUCUCUUUUUCCUUGUUUUCUUUGUAUUCCUGAGUUGUAAGGCUGUUUCCCGGGACUCCAGCGAACACUGCAGUCUGGGAGCCAGCUGCUAAAUUAUGUGUGUGGGUCAGACGUGGGGUCAGGACUUUGUGUUCUGCUCCAGCAGGAGGAGCACUAAACCCAUCAAACCUGAGAUCUCAGGUCUGAAUCCCCACUUGUGUGCCGUGAUCUGCUGGGAAUCUUGGGCAUUUCCAGGGACUGGGCCCCCUGGGACCUCAAACCUCAGAAUUACAAGGCCUGAUAUGUAACAUCCGAGGGGAGCCCUUUCCAGUUCUUAAAUUGAAAAUCAGACAGUUAAUGUCAGUCUGUCCAUAUUGAUGGCAGACAAAUAAAUCUGUCAGUAUUAUUUAAAUAAUUUUGUGGUGGCAAAGUUUCAAAGGCCAGAUUGCCAAAUUUCCCAGUUAUGCUGGCAUGUGGUACCCUUCUAUGUUAAUUAUUUGAAUCUCUCUAGAAAUGUAAACAUACACUGAAGUGAACCAUGUACACUUGAAUUCUGCACCAUAGGAAAGAUGUGUCCUGGUUUUCUGAGAAAAGAAUGUUGGAGUGUGAAGGCCUCCAGGGUGAUAAUGGGAUUUUUUUAUAUAUAUAUAUAUAAAUUAUAUACUUUUCAAAAAAAGGAAAAAAAAAAAAAAAAAAAACAUAGUUGGGAGCAACUGCUCCAAGUGCAACCUGCUGUAACCAAGAAUGUUGUUUCUAUUUUUAUAGAAGUUUUAUACCGCUCCAGGGUGGAGAAUAUUUAUUACCUAAAUUAUUUCACUGGAAAAAAAGGCCAGGGUUUUGUAGAAUCCUGAAUGUGAUUGUUUUACACACAUAAUGAUGUGCAUGAUUGAAACUACUGAUUUUCAGUGGCCUGUUUGCAGCCCAACAACUGCUAAACAAGGAGGAUGAAUGCUGUGAACCAGUGGAGGAGAGCACUGUGCUCUGGGGUCUCUACAGUCACUCUUACCUUCUUUGCAUCCUACCCCACUGUACUAUCCAAGACCUUUGUCCUGUUUUUCUUUUAACCUGAUGCUCUGGCCUCUUUACUAGUCAUUUCAGUUGCCCAAAAUUAGAUAUUUUAGCUUCUUCAUCCCAUACUGUGUCCUUAAUACUGUAACUUACAGAUCAAGCUUGGCACAGUUGCAAAUGGGUGCAACUCCUAUUAAUUUUAGGAGAUUCACCAGUUUACUCUGUGGCUUAGUUUGAUCAGUGACUCCUCCCAGACAUAAUCACCUUAAGACACCUAACUUGGGCUAGCUCUUGUGCCUUACUGGCGUAACUAUAAGUAUUGCCAAAAAGAAAAAGAAAAUCAAUCUAUGCAGGUUAAAUUUUAAAAGAUGUGAUCCUCAGAUGGUUUGAAUCAAUGCAGUUCAGCUCUCUGAACGCAGUAGAGCUGCAUCAGUUUUCACCAGCUGAAGAUGUUGCCCUUUUUGUGUAUUUGUUUCAGAUUUCACUUUCUUGGUGUAUCAAUGUGUAUGUUGCCAAAGUUAAUAAAUGUAUCAAGUUUGUGACUUGGGCAGAUUUUUUUUUCUGAUAACAAAACUGAUCAGAUAAAGUCAACAUUGCUGUGUCUGUUUGGUGGCUGCUGCUGAUUGUGGGGAUUUAAGCUGCUCUUGCCUUUCAGUCUUAAGCCAGUUUUCUUCCUCACUUAUUAGCAGAAAAGUCUGGGAUUCUGGGGACUUGGGGCUUUUAAAUUUUUAGUUCAUAUCAUGUUCUCAUUUAAGUGCAAAUGAAAUGAGUGUCAAAUGCUCUAUUUCCUGGAUAGUAAGACAAGAGUCGGGGGAGUUCAAAUAAACUGCAGAAGGUUGGCUGAAGCAGCCACAUGGACAAAGUAUGCUAUAUGCUUAAAACCAAAGAACCUGAUUUUCUACAAGAAAAGCUAAAAGAAUUUCUGAUAAAAUAGAAUUCCUUAUUACAUGUGCCACCAGGAAAUACUUAAAAUAUUUUCAGUUUACAAGGUGGAAAUGGUCUACUUCAUAGAUUUAUUCUUUUUCUCAGGAGAUACUUGAUUUUACUGCUGUAAUAAGGUGAAAGAAUUAUGAACUUAGUCUGAUACUGAUUAGUGUCAGUACUAUAGUAAAUGAAAUCAUCAUUUCUUCAGUCCCCUAGAUAAUCAACAGUCCAAAAUAGGAUAGGUCUUUGUAGUUUAGCUUUUUUAUACUACAAAGCUGGCAUUAUUAAACAAUACCAGCUCAGAAGACUCUCACUGGCAAAUGCAUCUAUCAGGAAAAAGCUUUUCACCUGAAUACUCAAAGUCACAUAUGAUAAUUUUAUCAUGCAAGCUGAAUCUAACUGAAGUGGUAAUGGCUGUGGAUUAGGGAAGAACAACAAAGCAGAAUGAAUUUGUUGUAUUUUAUUUGAAAAUACCUAAAACCAACGUGGAUAGAGGAAAUUGCAAAUGAAGGGUGCAACUAUGAACAGGUAAAAUGCUUUGAAAGCUUCUUGUUGCAGACAUUUAAACCUAAAGAUGAUUGAUAUCCCUAGCAUACCUGCCACAAAAUAUAAAACACAGAAGGCAGAAUUAUCAUUUUUGUGAGAAUAAAACAAGGACAAACUGGAAUAACUUUCUCCAAGUCUUUAAGACCUUGUCCAGCAUCUCAUGGUUGUGUUUUUAUAGGCCAGUCUUUCCAUAGGGCUUUGAUAAAACUCAGUCUUUGCCCUCAACAUAGCUGAGAGAAAUAUUUGAAAAAUCUAGAUCAAGAAAAUCCCCAGACAGAUCACACAGAGGGUAUCAGUGGUGCAUGCUAAGAUGUCACUUGGUUUCAUGCUUCUUGUUGUUUCUCAUGCCUCAGUUCAAUGUGAAUUUGCUUUCCUGAUUUAAAAGUGAAAUCUUGCACCUAUCUGCAAAUUAUUUAGAGUAUUUCUUGAAUACAGAAACAAGUGCAAGAGUUGCAUUGUACUCUGUUCACUGGAGUUGGUUUAAACUCUGGACUAAAGUCCUUUCCCUUUAUUGGAAAGCGUGAAAAGCAAAUUAAUCUCAGCAGUUCUACUAAGAGGAGUAUUGCUGAUUUAGUAGACAAUGUGUUUCUUGUUGCUUUGGAAUGAGAAUCAACACUUGCUAUUCUCAAAUUGUUAGAUAAUAUGCAAAUCUCAUCUUGUUCUAGUCUGUAACCAGAAGCUUGGAAAUGUGAUGAAGAUUAAGGCCACAAACAGGAGCUAAAGGGGAGUUGGGGGUGUGGGGAGACAGAAUAAGAAAACAAACCAUAUCCUCUCUCUUCUGCCUCCCGCUCUCAUCCCAAAAUGUUCCUUGUCUCUUGCAGCUCACAAGCUGAGGGGAGGGAACAGUGCUAUUUAUAUCAUUUAAUAUAAGAAUUAUUUUUUUAUAAACUCUUCAAGAAAAUUUCAGGAAACACAUUUUUUCUGCUCAUCAAACUGGCAACAGUGACUGUAGAGCUUCUCAGAGCCCAAAAUCUCCUCCUCAUGAAGCCAGGGAGCUGAGGGCUGUUACAUAAAAGGUUGGGAAUGGAAAAUCCCUGUGCAGGUCUAAUGGUAUGACAAGUGCUCAGCUAGGACAAGUCUUAACUUGCAGUCAAGUCUUAAAGGAAUUCUUCUCUGAUGUGUGGGCUUUUUGUCUUAUAUAAUCUUUUUUUUUCCCUUUUCCAAAUCACCCACCCCCAGUUACAUGGGCUCCUAGGGAAUGAGAAGAAACUGUAGCUAAAGGAAAGAACAUGGAUUUGCUGGGCUACUACUGCCUAAGAACUUCCCAUGUUAGAGUGCAAGAAAAGUCUCAAAUGUCAAACCACCUGUGAAUCCCUUGUGUCCUCUGUCUUGUCUCUCAUGGUCUCAGUCUCUGUGGGCAAGUGUUUGCCCUGGAGUCAUAUUUUUUGGAAUCAGUCUCCUGGGGAGGGAGUUUAACUCUGUUCUAGACAAAGGUAGUAGACACACUGGGCACGGGGCAUUCUAACCAGUGUGUCAGUAGGCUGUGGAACACUCCACAGACUGGGUGCUGAGAGGGAAAUCCAGGCCUCUGCUUCCAUUUGGUUUCUGGCAGUUUGAUGUUUACUUGGUGUCCUUCAUGUACUUUGACUUUUACUUGUCCAUCGUUGGCAUGUGCUGCCCUUCCCUGUCAACUCCCUUCCCCAGGAGAUCUCAUUGUAAGUGCCCAUUCUUGUUCUCUCUCUCCGUGUUUGGAUGUACUGCUCUGUGUAACUCAGUGGGUCUCCCUCUUUCUGGUUUGUUUUUUUUUCUAGAUUCCUGCCGUUUGUUCAUCGUUGUGCCUAAAGCAUGUCGAUGUGGCGUUCAAGUACAUCGUCCAAAUCCUUGUCUCUUCAGCUUCUCUGAUGCUUGAACUCUCACCUUUGACCUUGUGUUGACCUUUGAUGCUGAUGUGUAUUUUUAUUAUGUUUGUUUCUUUUCUUUUUUUUUUUUUUUUUUUUUUUUUUUUUUUUUUUUUUUUUG